AUGAAAGCGCCGGAUCAGAUCAUCGAGCAGAAGGCUUGUGGGAAUCUCGUCUCCCUCCCUGACUGCUGCUGCCACGUUAUCGUCACGCGUAGCGAGCGACAUUGUCUGCCACUGGCGCCAUCUUCUGGCUACCGCAGACCUUGGAACUCCGUCACUUUGACUAGCUCCAAUCGAGCGGUGACCUUCUAUCUUGGGAGCCUGGAGUGCCCGCAGAGAUGA